GAGAGACCCUGGAAAUUUGUCCUAAAGGCCUCAAACCUUCCGGGGCUUCUUUUAUUACUUCUUUCUCUGAAUCGGCUCACCCGCCCUCACCCGCUAUCCUCGCCCUUUGGCUUUGUCAUUGCCGCUACUCCAUAAGAGCUCACCAAGGCAGCUUGCUUAACUGCGUAGUUUGCCCAAUUGGCUCCGGAGAAGACUCCUUUGCCACAUAACCCCUUCCCCCAUCCGUCCUCUCUCCCCUUCGGCACGCUGCAGCUUCGACUCGACCGUAACCGAAUACCAAACACACACCAAAUAUCAACAUCAUGGCUGACACCAAGAAGGCCGCUGCGGCCGAGUCCACCGACGCAAAGUCGGGACGUCCCGCCAUGCCUGAUGAGGCCGCUUACCAGCAGAAGCUCAAAGCUGCCGAGGCCGAACACAAGAAGUCCAUGGACAAGUUGGCCGCCAUCCGCGCCAAGAUCGACCUCGCUAUGCCUAGCAAGGACAAGGAGAAGCAGAGCCCUACCCAGAAGCGCCGCCAGGAGCUCAUCGCCCAGGCCAACGAAAUUCGCCAGAAGCAGGGUGCCGGGAAGAACGCCCGCGCCGGCAAGCUCGAUCAGAUCAAGCGGCUCGACGAACAGCUGCGCAGCCGCAUCAAUGAGCAAAAGAUGGCGCGGUCCAAGGCCCCCUUCAAGAACAUCGACGAGCUGGACCGCCAGGUCGACAGUCUGGAAGCCCAGGUCAACUCGGGCACCAUGAAAAUCGUCGACGAGAAAAAGGCCUUGGCCGAGAUGUCCUCCCUCAAGAAGCAGCGCAAGAACUUCUCCCAGUUUGAGGAGGCCGAGAAGCAGAUCGACGACCUCAAGGCCAAGAUCAAGGAGAUCAAGGACUCGAUGGAUGACCCCGAGGCCAAGGCCAUGAGCGAGCAGUACUCCAAGAUCCAGGCCGAGCUGGACCAGAUCAAGGCCGAGUCGGACGAGGCCUACAAGAACCUGUCGGCGCUGCGCGACGAGCGCACCCGGCUCCAGGCCGAGCAGCAGGAGAAAUACCAAGCGAUCCGCCAGAUCAAGGACGAGUACUGGCAGCAGAAGAAGGCCGCGCAGGCCCACGAGCGCGAGGCCCGCGACAAGGCCCGCGAGCGCCGCAAGGCCGAGCAGGAGCGCUACGUCCUCGAGCGCAAGAAGGCCGAGGCCGAGAGGCUGCUCGCCGAGGCCAGCGAGCCCGCCUACCUCGACGAGAUCCGCCGCGCCAACAGCCUGCUCCUGUUCCUCGACCCCUCGGCGGUCAAGACCGAGAAGGCCCCCCUGCUGGCGAACCGCGGCCUGGGCGCCCAGCCGGAGCGCAAGGUCGACGAUGCCAACAUCCAGGGCACCAAGCUUCCCAGCAAGAAGGACCGCGAGGACGAGUACCUUCCCGCCGUCAAGAAGGGGAAGAAGGGCAAGAAGGGUGGUGCCGCCGCCGCCACCGCCGCCGCCACCGCCUCGUCUGGCUCUGACAGCGGGAAGUUCAACUGCCCGCCCUCGGUCGUGGAGGACUGUGCGUUUAUGGGCAUCGACCCGCCCAUGAGUGCUGCCGAUGUCUCGCCCGUGGCUGAGAAGGUCAAGGCCAAGCUCGCUCACUGGCAGGAGGACCAGGCUGCUGAAACUCAACGCAACAUCGAAAAGGCCAAGAAGAAGAUCGAACAGCUCGAGGCCGAAGAGGCGAAAGCGAAUGCCGCCAACGGCACCGACGACACCAAGGACGUCAAGGAAGUCAACGGAAACGAUGACAAGGCCGUCGAGGAGGUGACCAAGGAUCUGAAGGAGACCACCGUCGAGGAGGGCGAGAAGGCAUAGAUGGCUCCCUUCGACAACGACCAUCUCCCACCAAUUAUCUCAUAUCGGCGGACGGUUUCCUAGACACUCCGCCCAAUCCAUUUUUUUAUGAAGCCUUGUUGUUGCGAGGGAGGAAGCGAAAAAGUGUGAUGGGGUGCGG